GAGGCCGCCGCUUCUUCUGGAAGAACUAACUUUACUCGAUUGUUCGAUGAGAUACCUGUUGUUGUUAAUAAUUCUAAGUUGGUUGAUAUUCUGCUAAAUGAUAUUGACGAGUCAAAAACUAGUUACGGACGCAAAGCUCAACCUACUGCGAUUAAUUUAACGCCAGCAAUAAAUCCUGAUUCCUCAAGCUCAUCUAUGUUCGUUGGCCUAGAUCUGAGUAUGGCUUCAAGUUUAGAGCAGCAAUUGAGAUCUGUUCUUUUGGGUUUGGAAACCCUUAACGAUUUUCAAUAUAUAUACCAGCGCAGUUUGUCGAAGUACCAGGGGCAAACUAAGAUUCCUGCUGAACAACGAAAUCGGGAAUUAGCGCCCAUUAGGCUUGACAUGGCCUUGAUUUCAGCUCAACUAAAUCUCUAUUGCGGAGGACUUUCCCAAAUGACUGGCCAAACAGUUGGGAAAUUAAUGCUUACUCAGGCGGUCCAUAGGUCAAGACAGUCAUAA